AUGUCAUCGCAUAAACACGACACGUCAUCAGCACAUGGCAUGUCCCCGCAUACUCCUGCGGUGCUUGCCUUUGGUCCAAUCACAUCACGCCACAUGUCACCAGUGACCCCCCAAUCUAUGUGCGUUUCAUCACCAGCCACUACACUCCAGCACAUGCCGACCGUCCCGGCACACCACCAUUCUACCCCUUCAGCUCCCAGAUUCACCACUCCUAUAGAUGGCAGUAGACCAACACAUGCGAGACAUGCAGCAGCCUCUCCGGAACAGCAAUCCGUCAGGCGAGCUGGGACACCACAGAAGCAUGGCGUAACCUCGGUUACUGCUCAACAGCAGGCGACACCUGCUGUUGGUUUUCAGCGUGCUACGCCAGCCACGCCAACCCCUUAUCGGCCCUUCCCUCCCAACGUGCCACCUGCGUCCUCGCUAGAAGCAGCUCCAGUACCAGCCGGAUCAGCGGCAGCAAGUUCCGUGUGCGGUUCAUACGCGAGCGGAGGAUAUGCUGGUGGCAGUAGAGGCUCGUUGGGUGCAAGAGGUGCAUGCACUGAUGCUUCUGCUGCCGGUACCUCUUUGGAGGCGCAGGGUGUUUGGGGCUUGAGGCGGCAUCAGGGCUCUGACUUAGGCCCAGGAUGCCGUCUGUUUGAGACACCUGAGAAAGAGCCUGGGGGGAGCAGGGUGCGCAGUGCCAGUGGAGCGGAGGGGUGUGCAGGUGAAGUGUGGCCCUGCAGCAGCAGCAGAUGUGGACCGACCACUCCUGGUGCUCGCAGGGCCGGGAAGCGGCAAGGCCACUUUGAAGCUCUUUUCACUACCACCCCCUCUUGUCAAUCCUUCCCCCCUGCAGCAGACCUCGACCAUGGUAAAUUGAAUCCUGCAUCUGCUCCACGUGGGUGUGCUGCUAUCAGCAGGCACCUCAAACCUCCGUCCACAUUCCUCUCCGACCUCUCCCCUCUCUUGCCCCCUUCCCGCCCCUCCCCCCCUUUCGCUCCUUCCCCCCGCCACCAGACGUCGACCAUGACGUCAACCAUGGUAGCUCGCAUUCUGCAUCUGCUGCACGUGGGUGUGCUGCUAUCAGCAUGCGCCUUUGAAAUCCGUAUACUUUCCUCUCCCCCUUCUCCCCCCUUUUCCUCUCCCCCUCACACCCCCCCUCCACCAGACCUCGACCAUGGUCGCUCGCAUUCUGCAUCUGCUGCACGUGGGUUUGGGCGCACAGCGGAUUUCCUUGUGUUUGGGCACAAGCAGCAGCGGAGAGCCAUCACUGAGGCUGUUCGACUGGCGCUGGGGGAUGGGGGGGAAGAUGGCGGGAUGGGGGAGAAGGGUGAGGAAAGGGAGGGGGAAUCGAGCAGGGGGGAGGGUAUUGUGGGGAAGCAGCGGAGAGAAGACAGGCAGGUUGGUCGAGACUGUAAUGGAAGGGCAUAUGGGGCAGCAGCAGGUGCGGGGACAGCAGGUGCGGGGACAGCAGGUGCGGGGACAGCAGGUGCGGGGACCGCAGGUGCGGGAGGAUCAAGCAGGUGGGCAGAGAAAGGGAAUAAGGAGAAUGAAGAGGGGACUGGAGGAGGGAAGAUGGGAGAGAGUGUGGAGGAGAGGGUGGGGAGGGAGGUGGAGGAGCUGAAGAGGAGCCGAGCAGCAGCCGCGAAAUGGGUCAAGUUUGUUGUGAGGGCUAAAGCAGCAGGUCAAACAGCAGAGAGCUUUGAAGCACGGGGCAAUCAGGAAGCAGCCCGGGUCUUGCGAGCAUAUGCAUCUGUGCUGGAGAAAUGCAACGCGGUGGACUAUCACGACUUCAUCCUGCUCUCCACCAUGCUGCUCACACAACAUUCCGAUGUGCUUGAGGAAUGCGCGUCAGCAUGGACGCAUGUACUGGUGGACGAGUUUCAAGACACCUCGCGCAUCCAGUUUGCAUUCGUCAAGGCUCUCUGUCACUCACACGGGCGCAUCACUGUUGUGGGGGACGAUGACCAGUCCAUAUUCAGCUUCAAUGGAGCCAAUGCAGCCUCGUUCGACAUGUUCCGAGAGCAGUUCCCCGACCACACAGAGGUGCGUCUGUGUCGCAACUAUCGCUCCACAGGCACCAUAGUGCGGGCCUCGGCCGCCGUCAUCUCGCAGAACUUUCCAGGAAGGAGGGCGGCCAAAGAGCUGUGCACUGACAACGGCGAUGGGGAGAAGAUCAGGGUGGUGGAGGUGCGCAACGAAGCAGCACAGUGCGCCCUGGUCAUCAUCCCACCGUUCUCCACCCAUCCAUAUCCAUCUGUGCAUGGCAGGGUGGUGGAGGUGCGAAACGAAGCAGCACAGUGUGCCCUGGUCGCAGAUGCCAUCAUGUCCUUCAUGCACCAAAUGCACCGCGUACAACCGCACACCACCACUGCAACCACGACCACAACCACCGGCGUCACCACCAACACCAGUGCCACUGGCAGCAGCUCUGCAGCAGGGAACGCAGCAGCAGGGAGUAUGGCAGCAGGGGGCAGUGCGGCAGGCAACACUGCAGGCGCCAGUGCAGCUGGGAGUGCAGCAGCAGCAGGUGUCCCCCUGGCGUGGAGUGAUGUGGCAGUGCUGUAUCGGCGGCAGGUGACUGGCAGGCCGUUCCAGGCUGCAAUGCGGGAGAGGAAGAUCCCCUUCAACGUGCAUGGCGUGGCAUUCUACAGGAAGAAGGCCCUGCGCAAUGUGCUCGCUCUCCUGCGCCUCUCCCUCCCUGCACUAAUCGACAACACUGCCGCCCGGAGGGUCUGGAAGCUACUGUUCAGCCGAGAGAAGGACGAGGCGAAAAAGGCUGCAGAUCAUGUGGAGCAGAGGGCCCGGGACCGAGGCUGCAGCUUCCUGGAAGCCGCAGAAACCAUUUUUUCAGGGAAAGUGUCAGGAAGGUUCACAAGGAAGCAACUCAAAGCUGGUGCCUCUGUCCUCACCACUGUCCGCAUCGCUCGCAAUCUCCUCAAAACGGAAAUGUUCCAGCAGCAGUAUUCGGAAAAGGCUAUGAAUAAAUCAGCAGCAACACCAAAGCAG